UGUCAGAUGCAGUCAUGGCGUCGGAUCGGAGGGAGCGUUGGAAAUUUGUCUGCUAUUUGGCUGUGGUGUUGCCGGUUCUGGUGCGCUGCGAAGGAAACCAAGUUGUCCUCCUCGACACAACGACAGAGAGCAUCCUGAACUGGACGCGGUAUCCUUACGGGCCUCAAGCGAGAACACCUGGGUGGGUGGAGGAGAGCUUCACCAACUUCGAGCAGGGCAUCAACUGGCGCUCGUACGUGGUUUGCGACGUGGCCUACGACAGCGUCAACAACUGGCUAUGGACGCCGUUCAUCGAGCGGGGCCCCGCGCACCGCAUAUACGUCGAGGUCAAGUUCAGCAUGCGCGACUGCAACCUGUUCCCGGGCAUGGCGCUCUCGUGCAAGGAGACCUUCUCGCUGCUCUACUACGAGUUCGACGCCGCCACGCGCGAACCGCCGCCCUGGGAGCCGGAGUCGUACAAGCCCGUGGACCGGAUUGCGGCCGACGAAGGCCGCUUCACGUCCAACGCCGAGGUCAUCAUCAACACGGAGGUCCGGUCGGUGCCGGUCACCAAGAAGGGCGUCUACUUCGCCUUCCGCGAUCAGGGCGCCUGCCUGUCACUCAUCGCCGUCAAGGUAUACUACAUAGUGUGCCCUAACGUGACCACGUCGUUGGCGCACUUCCCGGAGACGCCAACGGCCAGCGAGGUGACUGCCAUCGUGACGGCUGAGGGCCAGUGCGUGGCCAACGCCCGCGUGGUCGGCUCGCCACCGCGCAUGCUCUGUAAGGGCGAUGGCAACUGGACGCUCCCGUCGGGCGGAUGCGCCUGCAUUCCUGGUUACCGGGCCGUUGGAAACUCCUGCCAGAUGUGUCCUCCUGGCACGUUCAAGCCAAGCUCUGGUGAUGGUCCCUGCCUGCGCUGCCCUUCAUUCAGCGUUGCCCCACAACCGGGCUCCACGGAAUGUCGCUGCAAAGAGCGCUACUUUAGAUCUCCCACUGAUCCCAAGACUAUGCCUUGCACGCAACCUCCUCGAGCCCCUCAAAACCUCAGUGCAAGUUGCGUGGAUCAGUCGUCAGUCACCCUGACGUGGCAGCCACCGGCCAACCUUGGUGGCCGUGAAGACACAACGUACCGCGUCGUGUGUGAGACCUGCAGCCCAAGCGUCGUUUUCUCACCAUCGAGGCAGGGUUUCAACGAGACCAGCGUCACCAUCACGGGACUGCGUCCAGUCACUCCCUAUCGUUUCCAAAUUUACGCUGAAAACGGUGUCUCUGGCUUUGACAAGGGCCACUUCGCGGAAAUCACAGUCAAGACUGAUGCAUCAGUUCAAACAGUGAUCUCCAAUGUCCGUGCUAAAGCCAUCAAAAGCACUGAAGUUUUACUGGCAUGGGAUGCACCACAAGACCCGUUUCCUGAGAUUGAUCGCUAUGAAGUCCGUUACUUCCCACGAAAGUGGGCCAAGAAUGAGACCGUGCUGCAGUCACACAAGCUGCAGCUCGCUGUCACUGGGCUGCGGUCACGAACCGAGUAUGGCUUUCAAGUGCGUGUCAAGACGACGCGUGGCUUCGGAGAGUACAGUGACACUGUUUUCCUGACCACUGGCCAGUACACCCACAGCCCAGCUCUGGUGGGUGAUGAGGACAAGGUUCAGGUCAGGAUCAUCGCUGGAGCCACUGUCGCGGUCAUACUUCUAGUCGUCAUCGUGAUCGUGAUGAUCAUCCUGUACAUCAAAAGAAGUUCUGACGACUGCAACAAGAAGCAGCCUAGUGACUGCGAUACUCUGGAGUACCGUAACGGGGAAGGUAAGAAAUUAGUCCCUGCUUUGGAACACCCUCCAAUUGUUCAGACUGCUCGAUUGACAACACCCCUGUUCACUCACUGCCCGGGAGCCACUUCAAGGGCAUACAUCGACCCACACACGUACGAGGAUCCUAAUCAGGCAGUCCGCGAGUUUACCAAGGAAAUUGAUGCCCUGCACAUCACUAUUGAGGCCAUCAUCGGUGGCGGAGAAUUCGGGGAUGUGUGCCGUGGGAAGCUCAAGUGCCCUGGCAGGCCGGAGGUCACGGUUGCCAUCAAGACGCUCAAGCCAGGCUCCUCGGACAAGGCACGAAUGGACUUCCUGACCGAGGCUAGCAUCAUGGGGCAGUUCGACCACCCGAAUGUCAUUUUCCUCCAGGGUGUUGUCACCAAGAGCAACCCCAUCAUGAUUAUCACAGAGUACAUGGAGAAUGGAUCGCUGGAUACGUUCCUGAGGGCGAAUGAUGGGAAAUUCCAAACCAUUCAGCUCGUAGGCAUGCUGAGGGGAAUUGCAGCUGGAAUGCAGUAUCUUGCCGAAAUGAACUACGUUCACAGGGAUUUGGCUGCGAGGAACGUGCUUGUUAAUGCCAAUCUUGUGUGCAAGAUCGCUGACUUUGGCCUGUCCCGUGAGAUAGAGAGUGCCACUGAGGGAGCAUACACAACAAGGGGAGGCAAGAUACCUGUACGAUGGACAGCACCCGAAGCCAUAGCGUUCCGCAAGUUCACGUCGGCGAGUGACGUCUGGAGCUUCGGCAUUGUCUGCUGGGAGGUGAUGUCGUAUGGUGAAAGACCUUACUGGAACUGGUCAAACCAGGAAGUCAUCAAGAGCAUUGAGCGAGGAUACAGGCUUCCUGCCCCAAUGGAUUGUUCGGAGGCUGUUCACCAGCUGAUGCUGGACUGUUGGCAGAAAGACCGGUCACAUAGGCCUCAGUUCAGCACCAUUGUGAAAACGCUAGACAAGCUCAUACGCUGCCCUGAAAGUCUACGAAAAAUUGCUCAGAACAGGCACCAAAACCCACUGGAUCCUAACGCUCCUGACAUGACACAGUUCAAGACAGUCGAGGAGUGGCUGUGCAGCAUCAAAAUGGCACGCUACCAUGAGAGCUUCCAGAGAAGCGGCUUCACCACAAUGGAGGCUGUGUCGCGGCUCACGCUCAAGGACUUAGCCGCGCUUGGUGUUGUGCUUGUGGGCCACCAGAAGAAGAUCAUGAACAGUGUGCAGACCCUGAGGGCACAGAUAAACGCCACCAUGUCCGACGGGUGCGUCGUCUAGGCACAUGGGACUGCUCGUUGACUUGAUCUCGCGGCAUCUGCUUCCUUAACUUAAAACAAAACUGGUGAUGGUGCCGGAAAAUGGGGAGGCAGCGACAGUGGCGGCGGCCCAACGGAUCAUUCUCGCCACGUGGGAAAGGCUUCCACGCUCGCUAGCUCAUUCCAGGCACAUACAAAACUAGCAGGUUCCAUGGACGGGAACUCGAUUUUGGAAACCACGGGCGCAAUUCCUUGGCUUGUCAUUAUUGCUGCUACUGCAUUCUUGUUUUCUGCACCAAUCCAGGUUUGUUAAAAAUAAGGCAAAACGGUUUCCCAGACAACAGAAAUGGACAAUAUGGGGCCGGUCUGUCCUGACUGCAUCUGGCCUAGUUGGCAAAGGUUUACCUGCUUUGAGUGCUGCAAAAGGUUCUGAUCAGACCUGCAUCUUGGCAGAGAGAUGUGGUCAUAUCUGUUCAGCUAUGUAAUCAUGCUGCCCUGAGAAUUUCGAAGCUCGAGAUUACCUCACCGAUCCAUGAGCCCUUCUCUCAGCUACUGGCUUGAUUAAGGAACUUUUGCCGCAGUUGCUGUGGGCAAAGCAAAGCUAACUGCAUCGGGCCUAGGUGAACUAUAGGAUUGCGAUGCCCCCUGGUGUGAUGCAAGUGUGCGCUGAGCCUCGUGGUGAGUGGACAAAUCAUCAAGGCACACAGCACUGUGUGGUGGCGGCAGACUACUCGCUAUGCAACUUGUCGCAACGAGCGUGCGUCUACGAUGCUACGGUUGGCUGCCACAUCUUGUUUUGGAAACUGCGGAAGUGAUGAGGACAGUUGGAAGCCGAAGCUUGUGUGUGCGCGUGUGUGUGAGUGUGUACAUAGCUGGAACUCUUAUAACAUAUCAGCGCAAGAGAUGAACGGGACAUUUGAGGCAAAAGAACUCAUCUCACGUGCUCCUCCUGGACAAGCCUGCAUAUCAUGCCAACCUUCCCCGCCCCAAAUGACACCCCCGUGUGCUCGCAUCGUUCCAUGUUUGUCGGCAGUGGGGGGGAGAAUUUCUAGAGGUUGUUUUCUUCUCUUCAUAUCAACUGCCUCUCAACAGCCCUGCUGAGUUGGUGUUUGUUAAAUUGUGUCAGCGCGGGCACUCACUUUUGAGUCUGCAAAAUUCUUUUUUUCAGUAGAGUUUGUGUCUCUCACUGCAGUUUACUGCAGUGAAGUACAUUGUUUCGGUGGAAGAAAUGUCUGCAAAAAAUGUGAAAAGUCUUCCUUACUUUUGGCUCGUUAAACGUGAAAAAACUGUUCGUAUGCAGACUAUCUUUUUAUUAUUUUAGGUAAAAACAACAAAAAGUCGUUUGACUGCUCAUAAAUUUUCUUUUAUUAUUAUUCAAGCAGUCUACUUACUUUUUCCUUUGUCUUAGUCCAUAAUCUUGUUGUCAUCUUUCACAGAACAAAAGUCAUUCUUACCUGUUGUCUUUUUUUUCUAUCGUUUUUAUGGAUAUUAUUUUCUUGCAACAAUAGUCCAUUUGUAGGCAUGCCAGAACUGUACGCUAUUGUUUCCACUCACCUGACUUCCCUCCUCUAGGUGUGCCAUCACUACUCAAUAGGUGCUUCAUACUACUAUAUGCAAAGUCAUGUUUCCUGGGGCUGUCAGUCAUUGCAUGUGUUCUCUGCCCAUUGAAAUUGCCACAACGACAUCUCUAGGCUUUCAGUCGUACUUGUUUCUCCUGUGAACAUGUAUACUUCCCUGUUGGGUCUCUUGUAUGCCAUUGCUCAACGAACCAAUGCUGCCAUGUUUGAAAGACUGAUUGCACUGGACAGCAGGCUGCUGCAAAAGAAAUGUCCACAACUCUGUAUUAAUUCUCUUUGUUUUUUUUAAGGGAGGUUUCAUACACUGAAUUUGUUGACAGCAUGUUUUACUGUAUCACAACACCACAGAAUCGUUAUGCCAAGCAAGGGACGUUUCUUGGGCUGUGAGUCACAUGCGUUGUUCACUUUAGCUUUUCACAUCCGACUAUACUAUUUCAUCGACGCAUCACAAGAUUAAACCACGGUGGUUGCUUUACUGAAGUAGUUGAGCAACAAUUUACUCUCCCAACUUGUCCAUAAUAUGGCAACUUAUUGAAGUGGCAAUGUCAAGGUGUAGCAGUCCAGGUUUUCAUUUUCUUUUUGUUGUUGUUAAUGUCUGUCUAGAAAAGCAAAAGCAGCCAUGUGUGCAAGCGGUUCCAGCAAUCCCAAGUUUUCAUCUGAACGAUUCCUGGAGGCUCAAUGUAUAAAUGCUUGAAACAGACUGGUUUUUUUUAUGUGUAGGUGCACCAGCAUCGCAGCUGUCAGAGAGACUUAAUGCUGGCUUUAUUGCAGCUUGUAAAUGUGUUGUCAUGUAGGAGGACGUGGGAGUUUGCAACAUGGUAAAUGAAAUUUACAUAAAUUGGCCUUGGCUCUCCCUAACGACAGUUUUUCUUUCCACUGCCUAACGUUUGUGCAGGGCAUGUAACACAUAAUUUCUAUUCAAUCAAAAUGAACUUGGAGAAACGCCUCCUUUUAUAAAAGUAAUUGAUAGAUUAAUCUUGGCCGAGAUCCAUUACGGAUAAGGAAACAAAAUAUUUUGAGGGGUUGGUGUACUACACUUCUCUAUACAGUGUUGAAAUAUAAUCGGCUGUAAAGUUUAAGUGUGACACGCCUAUUACAUUGUAAGCAUACUCAUGAUGCACUAAUUGUUUAAAAUUUGCAGUGCCAUUCACAAAUGCCUCCUUUUCGUGUCAUUUUAAAGGAACAGCUUUGAUCCAACAUAUGUAAUACCAAUGACUGCACAGAGCUUGCACAUAUGACAUUUGUUAAAUAUUCACUGGUUAACAGGGUGGUAAUUGAUUGCUUAUUCAGCAACACUUCAGAACGUGAACAGUCAUCAGUUUACGCUACUAAGGGCAGCAAGUGUGCCAUUUUGACAAUUCUUGUACUUCAUUUUAUAUUUCCAAACUGUCAUUUCGCCUGCUAUUUUGCUUGGUUCGGCAAAGCUUUUUCUUUUUCGGUUAUCGCUUGAUUCUCAGCUUUUCAGUGAGCAAGUAAAGAGCAGCAAUAAGGUAGCCCGUUUCAAUCACAAAGCAAUGCGAGGGCUCCACAAUUGCUGGCAUUAUAUUGUAGCCCAACAAACGAGACACGUGGAAGUAUGGAAGUUGUUGGCGUUUAUUUAUUUUGCACUUGGCAACUGCCACACAAUCUUUUUCUCACUGUCUUUUUUUUUCUUUUUUUUGUUUGUGCCGAAGAUGAUUAACCUGAGUGUUCAAACAAAAAGCACUGCGAAUGUCUUGGAAUGAUAUGAGUUGGAAGUUAUUUAUUUCGAGCUUAGGACAGCAUAAGCUUGCUGUUAGUGUCAGAGAGUUGUAAUAUAAAUAAGAAAAUGAGAAGCUUGUGAGAGAGAGAUAGAGGAGGCAAACAGUGAGGAAAUGUGUUUUAAGAGGAAUACUCUUGUGUAUUAUAAUAAGUCCUCAUCAUCGUCUGUUCAAUGACGAAGCAUGUUGGCGGAAGUGUGUGUUUGUACAUGUUUUUUUUAUGUGUUGUUGUUUGCUCUGUGUCUGUGGCUGUUAGUCAAACUUUCUGCAUGACACAUUGACGAUGGAGUAUAUACAUAGGGCGGUUUUCUCUUGUGAAUUCUUUUUUUUUUUAUUUCGGCGUCGUGUACCACGAUAUUGUUUUUCCUUUCGUGGGUGUUCAUUUAUUGUGAGUGCAUCUUUCGUUCUCUUUUUUUAUUUUUUCGAAGGAUUUGUGCAUCGCAAGAUGAAAGAAAGAAAAGCGUGCAACGAUGUCGCCCAGCCUACGCAGCAUUGUGCGGUCGUGAGCACGCCUAGUCACACACUUUUUUGUUCGCAUACUGCCCUGCUGCGAUGUACUGGCGCUUGUGAUUGUCUUUUAUAGCUGCCACCACGAACUGAAUUGUGAGACAGGCAGCUUGUCUUCACUGUUAUAGGCCCUUCGUUUUAAAUUUCUGUCUUGCGUAUCAGUUUCUCUAGGCAUGAACACGAAUUUCUUGUGUCACCAAGCGCAUUUCAGUUUUUUUUUUUUUUUCUUCACUCCAGCCAUAAGUGAUGUGCUGUUUUUUUUUCUUACUCCCUUGGUUGUCGCGCGAAAGAAUCGUGCCCCUUCCAGUCUUUCGCGUCACAAUUAAGUUAUGAAAACGUUGGUGCGCAGGUCGUUUAGGUUACACGAAACUGCACAAAGGCAGUGUGUGGCGAUCCUUUGGACAUACGUUUCGUGUAAAAAAAAAAAGAAACUACAUCUGUGCUCCCGGUCUGUACAUUUCGAUGCAUAUACGAAUAUAAUUGCGCCCCAUGGGACACUAUGAAAUUCUUUCAUUAAUAAAAUUAAUUUUUAUGCUAA